AUGCCGUCCAGUCUGGGCUCCUGCAGUCCAGCCGCGGUUCUUCAGGAGGCUCUGGAAAGCUCCAGCUGCUUGAUUGACAGGCAUCUGCAGGAGGACCGCUGUUUCCCGGACCUUUCAGAGCUCCUCAAUGUCCCGUCACACAACAUGCCUUCGCUCUCGGGGAUGUCGGACAUGGAUUACCCCCUGCAGGGCCCGGGGAUGAUCAGCGUGCCGAGUCUCCCGGAGCUCAGCUCCAUCCACAGGGUUCCUCUUCCUCCGGAGCUCGUGGAGCAGUUCGGUCAUAUGCAGUGCAACUGCAUGAUGGGAGUUUUCCCUGAAAUCUCCCGAGCGUGGCUCACCAUCGAUAAUGACAUUUUUAUGUGGAAUUAUGAGGAUGGGAGCGAUGUGGCGUAUUUUGACGGGCUCAGUGAAACUAUUCUGUCCGUUGGACUGGUCAAACCUAAGCCUGGUAUUUUUCAGCCUCACAUCCACUUCCUGUUAGUGUUGGCCACACCGGUGGACGUCGUGAUCCUGGGCUUGAGCUUCCCGAAAGCACAUACAGGUCUCAAUGACAGCAUGUUAGGAGCCAUGCAGCUGUUGCCAGAUCCUCUCUACUCCAUCCCCACCGAUAACACAUACCUGCUGGCCAUCACCUCCACGGAUGCGGGCCGUAUCUUCAUGGCGGGGAAAGACGGCUGUCUGUAUGAGAUGGCGUAUCAGGCUGAAGCCGGCUGGUUCAGUCAGCGCUGCAGGAAGAUCAAUCACUCCAAGAGCAGCCUGUCGUUCCUCAUCCCUUCACUGCUGCAGUUCAGCUUCUCCGAGGACGAUCCCGUUGUUCAAAUCGCUGUUGAUAAUUCAAGGAACAUUUUAUACACUCGUUCGGAGAAGGGCGUCCUGCAGGUGUAUGAUCUGGGCGUUGAUGGACGGGGCAUGAGUCGAGUCGCAGCGAUGUCUCAGAGCUCCAUCGUCUCUGCGGCCGGAAACAUCGCCAGGACGAUCGAUCGCUCCGUGUUCAAACCCAUCGUUCAGAUCGCAGUUAUUGAUCGCUCCGAGUCGUCAGACUGUCAGCUGUUGGCAGUCACUCACGCUGGUGUGCGUCUGUACUUCAGCACCAUCCCUUUUGCUCCUCCAAACGCCAAACACAUGGCGUCCCGUCCGAGCAUCCUGACACUGGUGCAUGUGCGUCUGCCGCCCGGAUUCUCUGUGUCCUCCACCCUCCAGAAACCUGCUAAAGUUCACAAGGCUCUCUACAGUAAAGGAGUUCUGCUGAUGGCUGCGUCUGAGGCAGAAGACAGCGACGUUCUCUGGUGCAUCAACCACGACUCCUUUCCCUUUAAAACGCCCCUCAUGGAAGCUCAGAUGACGGUGAGCGUGGACGGUCACUCGUGGGCUCUGUGUUCAAUCGAAGAAACCAAAUCUCCCAGAAUCCUCUCUCCUAUCAAUAAAGAUCUGGCUCCGGUCACUGACUCUCCUCUCGUCGUUCAGCAGCACAGCGUCCCGCCGCAGAAGUUUGUUCUCCUGUCCGCUCAGGGGAGUCACAUCUUCCACAAGCUGCGGCCGGUGGAUCAGCUGCGCCACCUGCUGGUGAGCAGCGCUGGAGGCGAGAGCGAGGACAUCGAGAGCUUCUUCAAGCUGCACGGGGAAGGGCAGGCGUGUGCCACAGCGCUCAUCUUGGCCUGUUCCUCUGCAGCCAGUGAUCGAGAGGUUUCUGUUUGGGCCACACAAGCCUUCUUCAGGUACGGUGGAGAGGCUCAUAUGCGAUUCCCAUCAGCCAUUUCUGCCCCCAGUAACGUCGGCCCACUCUUCAGCUCCCCCGUUCCAGGCGUGUUCCCGUCGAGCAUGUCGACGCCUUACAUCUCGGCUGCUCCCAUGAGCCCGAGCGGUGCGCUGACCUCCUCUGGACCCGAGGUCAUCUUCUCUGGAAAACACAACGGCAUCAGCAUCUACUUCACUCGCAUCCUGGGGAACAUCUGGGAUGGGAGUCUUUCGGCGGAGGACAUCAUAACCAAAGGGAGUCAGACUGUGGCUAUUCUGGAGAGUACGGCCAGUUCAUCUGAUCUGGAGCUCGUUCUGAUGGAGCUUCAGGGUUUGAAGCAGUUCCUGGACAAAAACUCCCAGUUCAGUCCGUCUUCUCUCGGUGUGAGCAGUUUCAGCUCGCCAGCGAACCUGCAGCAAAGGCUUCUGGGAUUCAUGCGUCCCGAUGGCUCCAGCUCUCAGCAGAUGCAGCAGGAGCUCCAGAGGAAGUACCACACCGAGGCUCAAGUGUACGAGAAAGCGUCUCUCCAGGCCAUGCAGCAGUUGGUUCAUCGCUCGUAUCAGACGCUGGCGCUCUGGAAGCUUCUGUGUGAUCAUCAGUUCAGCCUUAUCAUCUCAGAGAUGCCCAAAGAGUUUCAGGAUCAGAUGAAGGCGGUGAGUUUUAAGGAUGUGGUUGUUUCUGGACGGGAGCUGAGCGGCGCUCUCAUCACGGCUCUCAUUAACGUGUACAUCAGAGACAGUGCGUCUGUAGACAGCGUCAGCGCUCACCUGAGAGACAUCUGCCCUCUGCUGUACAGCAGCGACGACAGCAUCUGCUCCAAGGCCAAUGAGCUGCUGCAGAGCUCCAGACAGAUCCAGAACAAGCUUGAGAAGGAGCGCACGCUGAAGGAGUCUCUGCGUCUCUAUCAGCAGAUCAGUCACCACACAGACCUGCCCCUCGUCUGCUCCCAGUACAGACAGGUGCGUUUCUACGAGGGAGUGAUGGAGCUGUGUCUCACAGCCGCUGAUAAGAAAGACCCUCAGAAGCUGGGACUGCACUUCUACAGGAACGGAGAGCCGGAGGAGGACUCGAGCGGCCAGCAGGCCUUCCAGGAGCGACUCUCGUGUUUUAAAUGCAUCACGGACACCAUGCAGGAGCUGGUGAACCAGAGCAAAGCGGCCCCUCAGUCUCCCAGCGUCCCUAAACAACCCGGACCCCCCGUCAUGACCUCUGACCCCAACAUGCUGAGCAAUGAGGACGCUGCGGCUCAUUUUGAGCAGAUGCUGGGUCUCGCUCAGAGAUCUCAGGACGAGCUCUUCCACAUCGCUCUCUAUAACUGGCUGAUCCAGGCCGACCUCACAGACACACUCCUGGAGGUGAACUCGCCCUACCUCGAGGAUCAUCUGAUGCACAUGAUCAAGCAGGACCAGAGUAAAGUGUGUAACAUGGACCUUCUGUGGCGAUACUACGAGAAGAACCGAAGCUUUGGGAAAGCAGCGCACGUUCUGGCGCGUCUGGCUGACAUGCACAGCACGGAGAUCUCUCUGAAGCAGCGUCUGGAGUACAUCUCCAGAGCCAUCCUCUCGGCCAAGAGCUCGUCCUGCGUCUCUUCACUGGGAGCCGACGGAGAGUUCCUGCAUGAACUGGAGGAAAAGAUGGAGGUGGUGCGCAUUCAGGUGCAGAUCCAGGAGACGCUCCGCAGACAGUAUUCCCAGCAUCCUUCAGUGCAGGGAGCCAUAACACAGCUGGACUCCAAGCUCAUGGACAUCACCAAGCUGUAUGGUGAGUUUGCGGAUCAUUUCCGUCUGUCGGAGUGUAAGCUGGCCAUCAUUCACUGCGCGGGACACUCGGACCCCAUCCUAGUGCACUCGCUGUGGCAGGAGAUCAUUGAGAAGGAGCUGAGCGACAGUGUGGCCAUGAGCUCGGCGGACCGCAUGAGAGCCCUGAGCCUCAAGAUCGUGUCUCUGGGGAAGUUAUACGCAGGAACGCCUCGAUACUUCCCGUUAGACUUCCUGGUCACGUUUCUGGAGCAGGAAGUGUGCCGGUUGAGCUGGGACGUGGGGUUCGUCACCUUCACCAUGCAGGAGAUUGGAGUUCAGCUUCCACGACUGCUGGAGGUUUACGACCAGCUCUUCAAGACACGGGACCCGUGUUGGCAGCGUGUGAAGAAGCCUCUUCAUCUGGUGGAGUGCGUCCAUGUGCUUCUGUCAGGAUAUGUGGAUGAUCCCAGCCGUGUGCCCACCUACGACAGACGGAGGUUUACUAACGCUUGUCUGGAUAACAUCUGCGGAUAUCUGGUGGAGCUGCAGUCCUUGAGUCCAAACACGGCUCUGCAGGACAUUAUACGCAACUUUAAAUCUCUUCAGGCCAAACUGGAGAAGCUCCACUGAUGACG